GGCGUGGCCGGGCCGGGGGAGGCUCCGACGGGAGCAGCCGGGACCGGGUUCGCGAACGGUGCUGGCAGGCUGAUGCCAGCUUGACCCACAGCCAUGUCCCGGUACCUGAAGCACUUCACGGUGGUGGGGGAUGACCCUGUGCAGUGGAGCAACAAUUAUCAGAAAUGGGAGGAAGAGGAGGAUGCUGGGGAGAAGCAGCCAGAUUCCGAGAUCAAGCUGGAGCCCACCAGGAGCCACAUCUCCUUCCAGGACAUGAUGAAAAAGCUCUUCAGCUCCCACAGGUUUCAGAUCCUGGUUGUCUGCUUGGUUGUCCUGGAUGCCUUGUUGGUCCUUGGGGAAUUACUGAUGGACUUGAAAAUCAUCCAUCCAGACAAAUACAACAUAACCCCCAAGGUUUUCCACUACCUCUCCCUUUCCAUUUUAACCAUCUUCCUGGUCGAGGUGGGCUUUAAAGUCUUUGUCUACCGCUGGGAGUUCUUCCACCACAAGUUUGAAGUGCUGGAUGGGAUUGUUGUCAUCGUGUCUUUCAUCCUUGAUGUCGUCCUCAUUUUCCGGGAGCACGAGUUUGAAGCUGUUGGGCUCCUGAUCCUCCUGAGGCUGUGGAGGGUGGCCAGGAUCAUCAAUGGAAUAAUCCUAUCUGUGAAGACUCGCUCUGAGCAGCAAGUGUCCAAGCUCAAACAAGCCAACCUGAGGCUGGCAACCAAGGUUGAACAACUGGAACACAGCUGUGGAGAGAAGGAGCAAGAAAUUGAGAGGCUUAACAAGAUCCUAAAACAGCAUGGACUCAUCAGUGAGCAAAAAUAGGAGCCUGGUUUUCUGAAUUUGCCCCCAAGAGUGCAGUGCUGAAAGGUUGCAGCUUGACCUCCAAGGUUUUCCUGGUUCUUUGCUUUCUCUUGUACAGUGUUGUCUAUAAACAUUUUCUAUUUGACCACCCAUUGAUUAGAUCUUGGGAUUACAAACAGAGUUUUGCUGGGAAAUUAAUCACCCAUACUCCCUGUAAACAGUGAUUUCAUAAGACUCUGUACACUUGUACAGUCAAACCAGCAAAAUAAUUUAAUAAAGACAUAUUUACAAGCUAUAAAUCCACAAAAGUACCACCUAUUUUAAGUAACUGAGUUGUUCUGUGAUUGUGCUC